AGGUAGCUGAGUAUUGGAUCAAGAACCCUGUCAACCUUUGAAGGCCACCUGAACCAAGAUGGCCAAAGUGCAUAGGUUAGGGUAACUGAACCAAGAUGGCCGAUGUACCUACAGGUAUGGCUUGGUACAUGUUUGUGGUGUCUCUCUUACUAGUCGCAAUUGUGAAGUGAUCAUCCUUAGACCUGCAGGGAUUGUUAUGAGGAACAAAAACACUGUUUUUGACGAGUAUCUAAAACAAGAAGGCUUGUUGCUCUGUACAUGAAAAACAACAGUGUCAACUUUCAUCUGAACCAAGAAGGCCAAAGUCGUAACGUUAGUAACCAAGUCAAAGGCGCUACGUCACAGCCCCCGCAGUUCAAAGGGUACACGCCCUGUCCUCCCACAGCCAGGCUAGCCAGCCACAGCCCUGCCACCUUCUUUAGCAGGUGGACGCUCCGCUGCUUCCACAGUCCUCUUGGGAAACACCCUACCUCCUUCUUCUACUACCGGACAACCAUCACCACCGCCAAGAUGCCGAAAACGGUCAACGUGCGAGUCACCACGAUGGAUGCUGAGCUGGAGUUUUCCUUCCACCCAAACACAACCGGGAAGCAACUCUUUGACCAGGUGGCCAGGACAAUCGGGCUGCGCGAAGUUUGGUACUUUGGGCUCCAGUUUGUUGAUGGAAAAGGUUUUCUCACAUGGCUCAACACCGGCAAGAAGGUGAUGUCCCAGGACGUACGUAAGGAGACACCGCUGCAGUUCAAACUACGUGCCAAGUACUAUCCAGAGGAUGUGGCGGAAGAGCUCAUCCAGGAUGUGACGCGCCGCCUCUUCUACCUGCAAGUGAAGGAGGACAUCCUGAGCGAGGACGUCUACUGCCCGCCCGAGACGGCCGUGCUGCUGGCCUCCUAUGCCGUCCAGGCCAAGUACGGCGAAUACAAGAAGUCGGUGCACCACCCGGGCUACAUGUCCUCGGAGCGCCUCAUGUCGCGCAGAGUCCUGGAGCAACACAGCUUGUCCAAGGAGCAAUGGGAGGACAAGAUUCAGGUCUGGCAUGUGGAGCACGGAUGCAUGCUCAAGAACGAGGCCAUAAUUGAGUACCUGAAGAUCGCCCAGGACCUGGAAAUGUACGGCGUCAACUACUUUGAGAUCAAGAACAAGAAGGGCACCGACUUGUGGUUGGGCGUGGACGGCCUGGGCCUCAACAUCUACGAGAAGGAGGACAAGAUGACUCCAAAGAUCGGAUUUCCCUGGAGUGAAAUCAGGAACAUUUCCUUUAACGAUAAAAAGUUCAUCAUCAAGCCCAUCGACAAGAAGUCUCCUGACUUCAUCUUCUACGCGCCGCGGCUGCGCGUCAACAAGCGCAUCCUGCAGCUGUGCAUGGGCAACCACGAACUGUACAUGCGCCGCCGCAAGGCGGACACCAUCGAGGUGCAGCAGAUGAAGGCCCAGGCGAAGGAAGACCGGCUCCAGAAGAAAAUGGAGCGCGACCAGCUGGACAGUGAAAAGAAACGGAGGGAGGCCAUUGAGCGCGAGAAGGAGCAGAUGGAGCAGGAGAAGCGCGAGCUCAUAACUAAGCUCCAGCAAUACGAGGAGACCACGAAGAGAGCCGAGAGGGAGCUCCAGGAGCAGCUGGACCGGGCCAUACGACUGGAGGAGGAACGGAGGAAGGUGGAGCAGGAGGCGGCCCGGCUGGAGGCCGAGAGGAUGGAGGCCAUCAUCGCCAAGGAGGAGCUGGCCAGGCAGGCUGAGGACCAGAUGAAGAGCCAGGAGCAGCUGGCCACGGAGCUGGCUGAGUACAGCGCGAAGAUCCUGCUGCUGGAGGAGGCCAAGAGGGUGAAGGAGGAGGAGGCGGAGACGUGGCACUGCAAGGCUAAAGCGGUCGAGGAGAACCUGGUGAAGACGCAGGAGGAGCUGCGUACGGUGAUGACCAGCUCGGCCCCCGUGGCCGCCGCCUCCUCGUCCUCGUCGGACAGCGAGAGCGACCACGAGCACAGCGAGGAGAACAGCACCUGCAGCGCCGAACUGCACUCGCAGGGCAUCAACGACCACCGCCGCGAGGAGGACAGGCUCACCGAAGCCGAGAAGAACGAACGCCUGCAGGCCAAGCUCAGGGCGCUGAGCUCCGAGCUGGAGGAGUCGCGCGACCACAAGAAGAAGACGCCCAGCGACCUGCUGCACGCCGAGAACGUCCGCGUGGGCCGGGACAAGUACAAGACGCUCCGGCAAAUCCGCAUGGGCAACACCAAGCAGAGGAUCGACGAGUUCGAGGCCCUGUAAUGUAAAAGCGGCCCUCCGCCAGGGAAGGGUGUGAUCAAGCCAAGCACUCAAACAUGGAAAAACCACAAACACGAGUACUGUACACACAGUUGUGAGCAUGCGUGUGCUUUUAUGUAGUCUGAGCAGCUCUUUUUAAUCCUUCAAUGUAGUUUAUUUGUAUUAUUACGUUUGCCUCACAGCAUAAUUGCUUACGUCAUUUUUUAACGUUAUCGGAAAAUGAGGAAAAUACUGCAACAUAUUCAACAAACAAGUCCGGUUGCCUUCAUUCAAACUUUGCCGAUUACCAUGACUUGGAUGCCUGACAAUCUACGCAGAUGUCGGGGGGAAAAAAAACACCCUUUUUUUUUCUUUUUUCAUUUUUCUUUUUUUUCUUUUUCUCUUUUUGCUCCUUUUUUAUUUUUUUGCCUUUCUUUUUCUGUUUGUUGUCUUAAAAAAACCUUUU